CUAUCUCUUUUUGAGUAUAUCUUCCAACGGACUCUGCUCAAAGCUCCUCAAAACACCAAAACAAUGGCGAAGUUUUCAAGUUCCCUAAUUUCCUCUGCUUUCACAGUUCCCAAAUUGCCCCACAACUACCCUCAAUUUUCUUCGUUUUCAAUAAUCUCAUUUUCUAGCAGAGCCCAGUUUUUCUUGGAAUCAAACCCCCGUAAAUCUUUAAACUACUUCACUAGAUCAAGAGGACUGGUGGUUAGAGCAGAAUUUGAUAUCUCAUUAUUUCAACGAGAUAUUUCAGGCACAGAUGACCCACCGCCGGCCGUACCUGGGUCGGGUUUCCCGGACGUUGAAGAGAAAGAGGAACCCCAGUGCCCACCGGGCCUCCGCCAGUACGAGACCAUGGUGGUGCUAAGGCCCGACAUGUCUGAAGACGAGCGCCUCGCCUUUACCCAGAAGUACGAGGAGGUAUCUUUCCUAUUUAUGAUGGAAUUAUAAAUUGAAAUUAACAUA